AUGUCAAGACCGGCCCUUCCGAGGCAUAUAGCCGGACUUCUUGCCCUCGCAGUCGCCCAAGUCUCAGCACUGGAUCUACCAUACAACCCGACACAUAUCGUAAUACCUGAGCAGAACGACCAAGACGACCAAACAGUAUCCUACGCAUAUAUCCUACAACCGAAUGCCAAUGGCCAAACCAGUCUACUUUCGCUCGAUCUCACCAGAUCGCUCCAGGCUUCAAAACUCUCCUUGACGACGCUAUACAACUCGCUACCAUUUCUGUCAGCGACAUCAAAUCGGGUAUACACACCACUAAAGGGAAGCGAACAGAACAUUACUGUCGUUGCUGGCGACUGCUCUACAAGUGGCGAUGCUCCUGAAGUGUGGACCUUCAUCCCGGCUACAAAUGGCAAGAAUGGCAACGGAACAUGGUUACAAAGCACACCCGCAGCAGCUGCAAAGAACAAGGUCCACGGUCCCGACUUUCUGAGCUCAGGUAUCGCAUUUUCCGACUUGGCCAAGGGUAAUGCUUCGACGACAAGUUUGUAUGUGUUCGGAGGAAUGUGUCCGCUGGCCAACGCUACCGACGAGACCUGGAUGUCUGCAGCAAACUACACUAACCAGAUGAUGACUUUCUCUCCGGAAUUGGACAGCUCGAAGCAAGUCGCUUAUACUCCUGCCUUUCUGUCCAGCAAAGGUCCACCUGUCGCUGAGGCUGGCUUCAGUAUGACUCCCUUGGCCCCUGCAUUCUCAGAUAACUCCAGCAGCACUCAAAGCGCGCGUCAGAGUUUCGUACUGGUUGGAGGCCACACUGGAGCUGCUUUCAUCAACAUGUCGUCCGUAGCUCUGUUUUCCCUCCCCGAAGAAACCUGGACCUAUCAGCCCGUGGAUCAACCUUCAGCAGCAAAUACGGAUCUCGCAGUCAGAGGGGCCAUCACGGCCGUCGAGCCAAGAUCAGGACAUACUGCAGUAUUGACUGAGGAUGGCAAGAGCUUGAUUCUGUUUGGUGGAUGGGUUGGGGAUGUCACAAAUGCUGCCUCGCCUCAGUUGGCCGUGCUGGAACUCGGUUCAGGCUAUGGAGGCGAUGGAGAUUGGGAGUGGUCGGUACCUCUCCAAACAGCUUCUGGUCUGUCUGGAGCAGGUAUAUACGGACACGGCGCAGCCAUGCUUCCUGGUGGAGUCAUGAUGAUUAUGGGUGGCUACAACAUUCCCACAACAUCAUCCAAGCGUUUCCUGCGUCGGUCGACGUCUACGUCCAACUCGCAAAAUCUCUUCUACAACGUCACCUCGAGAACUUGGAUACAAUCUUACAGUCCACCUCCAGCAGUCACAUCAGACAGUGGUUCGUCAGCACAAGACCAACGAAAAGGUGCGCUCACUACAACAUCUCAGAAAGCAGGUCUUGGUGUCGGUCUGACGAUUGGGGCCAUCGCGGUCGGUCUCCUGAUCAUCUUCUACUUCUGGUACAAGCGUCAUCUCAAACGAAGACGGGAUGCUCGCGAGAGUGACAGAGAACGUCUCAGCACCACUUACGAGCCCUACAACGCGGAUUACGCAGCUGGUGGAGUCUGGCAAGAGAAGGAUGAGGAUAUGCAUGAUGGUUUCACGACCUGGACGCCUAAUGGAGUCGAACAGAGUCCCGCGCAGAUGAAAGAAGGAAAUCGCGAGGUCGAGAGAUCUGGUGUAUCGAUCAAUGCUCCGAGCCCGACACGAGGUCUCCGAAAGAACGGCCUCACUCGCAGCCAGUACCAGUACCAUGCCGCUCCUCGCUACGACGAUGGCAGGAUCAGCAAGGCCAGUGGCAACAUCCAUCCUAUCCAGGAAAGAGAUGAAGAGGAGGAGAGGUUUCACGGUCGCUCUGUUGCCAGAACAUCUUCGACUCGCUCAGGAUUGUUCUUCGGUUUGUCAGGUCAUCCAUCGAUCACGCCAUCGCAAGCACCCAGCGCAUCUGUAAUGUCACGCAGUCUGUCUCCUGCAUAUUGGGAGAACAGACCCAAGCAGACUAACAGCUUGCAUCCACCUAGCCUGCGUCCUGGUCUAGAUAGAGCACCUGACUCUUCAUCAACUCAGUGCACGACAUUUGGUCAACUGAUUGCUGAAAGCGAAGUGCUUCUUGGACCUGCGCCCAACAACCAACCCACAGCGCCGCUGAAUCCUAGGGGCCACACUCGCGCAGGAUCAUCCAUGUCGGCUUCCGCUCCCCGCCGUGCGGCUAGUGACAGUUCACAAUUCCUAGGCACCAGACGUGGUCCGCGUGACUGGGAAGGCGACGAGAAUGAUCCUCGCUGGCAACCCUACCGCGAUGACCCUGAUACCGGCGACUGGGGCGAUGUCCCCGAAACCACAACCUCAAAAGCGGAAGCUGAGAAACAGACACCAGAAGACGAACGUGAGGACUGGGACGUCGAAGAGGCAGCUGCCAACCGUGAUAUCCAAGUCAUGUUCACAGUUCCUAAAGCUCGUCUGCGUGUCGUCAACGCAGAUGUUGACAAGGCUAGUUUGAGAAGCAUUAGCGAUGGCGCCAAGAGCAUUCGUGCUAGACAGCUUCUCAAAGAACAAGAGGAGGGAAAGGACAAGGAAGAGGCGACUGAAACAGGUGCUGCUCAACGCAAGCCGUCGAACUACGGUAUCCAGAUCCAGGAUUGGGAACGAGAAGCUCUCGAGAAGAGGGAUGCUGAAGAAGAGGAAAAAGUGGAAACGAGCAAGAAGGUCUAA